AUGGUGCAACGGGUUUGGACCGGUUGGGACUCGUCGCUUCUCGACACCAUAGCGGGGAUCGAUGUCGUCGUUGUUGUCGGUGGUGGUAUGGGAAUGGUUUGCAGGCCGAUUGGUUCCGCGGUGAUGGACAAAGGGAGUGAAGUCUACUUUGCUGCUUCACAAACUUCGACAUUAGCUCCUUCGACUCCUGUUGUUCCACUUCAUGAUCCAUCCUACUUAAGCAUCCAUCCUCCACCUUCCAUUCCUCCUUCACCUCCUAUCCCUUCACCUACUACUUCGUCGUCUCCUCCACCUUCUCCAGAUUUGCCCACUAAUUCCAAUCCUAUCCCGCCUGAUACAUCAGCUCCACUCCGACGUUCUACUCGCACUAAACAGCCUCCAGCUUGGCAUAAGGAUUAUGAGAUGUCUUAUGGAGCCAAUCAUUUAACCUCUAGCUCAGGUCCCGGCACUGGCACCAGGCAAUUAUCUCAAAGAAAUGCAAUAUCUCAAGACUAG